CUUCAGCUUCCAUGGCCGUCUUCGGAUGAGUGCCGACCAGCCGACCAGCCGCGCCGACCGGCCGACUCCCCGAACGAACGGCGGGCGAGACGGAUGACACACGGGGAUGAAGGCCAUGUCACCGAAGCUCCGAAGCUGACACCAAAUCGCCGAAAUCAAAGAGCCGAACAAACGCUUGAACGAACACAUUCUGGGGAGAUGGAAAACGCUCAACCGUGACCCGGCGGGAUCCUCUCUCAACGCGACAUGGCGUUCCUCGCGAGGAACGCUCAUCCUCCUGAGGUGGAAAGAAUCGCUCAACAGCAGCGUCAUGGAGUUUCCAUGAUUCGGAUUCGGAAGAGAUGGAAUGCAAACACUCCGCCCGUUCCAUCCAUCUUACUCCAUCUUACGCUUAGCCUGGACACCGCACGGGAAUCAUGGAAUCAUGGCCCUGCCAGGACUUCUCGUGGCCCUGCAAAGAAAACUCCCCAAAAAUCCUGGUGUUCCAACUGUGCACUGGACUCAUGUUGCCCUCGGAAGGUCCUGGGGAGAUCCGUGCCAAGUUGAUAGAUCAAGCAGAGGCUCAGCCCCCACCACCAGUGGACCCCGCAAAACAAAAAGGGUCCUGGAACAGGUUGGAGAUGCAGUUUUUCCAUAUGUUUCCAUGAUCACAUGCCUGCAGGAUGACUUGUGCAAUCCCACGACAUGGCGAAAGAUGGACAGCAAUCGCAGUGUGAAGAGGUCAUGGUUUCACGGACAAGGAAAUCAAGAAACAUAAUAAGCCAAGGAGACCAACUCUACAAGCCAAGGAUUUCUGCAUGUUUUUUCUUUUAAAUCCCGC